UUAUCGCGCGUCACUAUUCCGCGGCCGCGAUUUACGCGUCGUCAUCGUCGUCGUCGUCGCGAGUGUGUAACGUGGACGAGGACGGUGGGAGGGGGAUGGGGUCGUCCCGGUUUUCGCGGGCGGGAUGCCACAGAACGGAGCUCCCGCGGUGGCGGUACUCCGUGUAGCGUUCCACACUUUGUGGCGUUCAUUUUUCGUCGACUUCGUGCAGUUCGUCGGGUCGCGCGCGCUUCGUAACACGCACGGCGGAGCCGAGCCGCUGUCACAUUCUCGCGAGAGAAACGCGGGGUCGAACGCGAGCGGAAUCGAUAACGCGCUCAACCAGUUGCCCGACGACGAUCCCGAGCGAACGAGCGUGCUCGACGCGCUACGUUCCUCCGUUGGCAUCACGGACGGUCGCUCAUCUUCCCUCAUUUCCACGGGACCUCGCUCUCCCGUGGAAACCAAGGAACUCGACUCCCCCACGUCGCCCCCUUUUUUUUUCCACAAUUCGCGAAUUUUUCUCGGGUCUGGCGUGCGCAAUAUACAUCUUUUGGUAAAUCCCGAGGUAAACGUCCCGGCUGAUCGUUCUUCAGCAGGACACAGCUGGGUCGUAUCCUUGUCUCGUUACCGAGAGCGGUACAUUCAGCCUAAUCGCCGACAAUCUGGUACAUAUUGAGCGUAAGACACGGUUCAAGCGGGUAUGCAAGGAUGCGUUCGACGGGCUUGGUAGGCAAACGGAAUUCGGAUUUGACAAGUGAUGCUUUGGCGAACACCGCUCUGCCGUCGGGUAUGUGUUCGUACCAUCGAACGCAUUAUCGCGAUACUAAUGAUUACGCCGAGAACGCAAAGUACAGCGGUUCUAAGGGUGGUUACUCUUCCUCGACCACAUCAUCGGACAGUCGUUACGAAGGGCGUAUGCGCGACUCUCCAAAUGGUAACUCUUACAGUCCAGCCUGCAGCUUGGGAAUGGGCAUGGGGACGGACCGGGAUAGUCCACGGAAUUACGCAUCCAAGCCUCUUUACAAGAAGGAGAGAGAAAAUAGAGACUAUAAAUUAUCCUCCUCUAGGGACAAGUAUUCCGAUUGUGCACGAUCCCCAAAAGACAAGAGAAGCCGCGAGAGCAGGGAUUCAGAACACAGGACCAACCACGAUAGGAGUAGUGGAGACAUCUUACAUCCCAUAAAAUUAUCAUCAAAUUCAUCGAGAGAAUCUUCAUCUCAGAGGAAACCAGCACACAAUUCCUGUCAGGAUAAACGUGGUGAUGAGCGAGGAGGUGGUACAAUGGAACGUACAGCCAGGGUUGGCGAUUGGUCGGAGCACAUGAGUUCUUCGGGAAAGAAGUAUUAUUAUAAUUGCAAAACGGAAGUUUCUCAAUGGGAAAAACCACGAGAAUGGAUCAGUCGGAUAGAUAAUCGUCAACGGCAGUCUAGUGACUACUCUUCUAGGUCAAGUCAUGAUAAACAUUCCAACUCGCGAUCAAAUAGCAGUAGCAGUAUGCGAGAUGGUAAAUCGUCGCGACAGUCGGACAAGCGAGAAUAUUGGAGCUCAUGUGGCGGAAGUGGCGGGAGCAGUAGCAGGGAGGACGUGUCCACGAGGGAAAGAGAAAGGGAUAGGGAGAAGGAGCGGGAGAGAGAGCGAGAGCGCGAGCGGGAGAGAGAAUCUUCUAGAGAGGAAGUCGGAGUGGAGCGUCAAGCUCAGGACAUGGACAUCUCGCCGGGCGAUUCCACACCUACUUCGGAGCCCUUGACAUCCGCUCAUGAUCCACUGCCACAGGGCCCUGUUCUCUUGGCCACUGCAUUACCUCGAUUAACAUCACAUCCACCAUCGACGGCGCAGGCGCCCGGGAAACUCAAUUCACCUACGCAGCAACAAGGGAACAGCAACGCACCAGGACCACCGGUGUCACUGGCUAGCCUCCCCAAACUUCUAUCUCAAAUCACGGGCAGCAAAGAACAGCCCGACAUCACGCCGCAGAAGGCGUUACAGACAAUUCAAACAGCCAUCUUGUUAUCCCGACAAGUAAGACAGUCCGUUAGUGGAGACCGAAAUAAUAGCGGAAACGAUGUGAUGGUCCCGCUAAAAGUUGAUACAAGUGGCAAUACUACUAGUGAGGGUCCACCAACGCCCACGCAUUCAGAAACUCAAGAUUGCAUUGAUGCGCGGAAACUAACGAGUCCUGGGGGAACGAAUUCUGGAGUCCAAGGUCUUAGUUCAUUACAAAGCUUGAGCACAUUGGGCUCCCUCGGGAACUUAAGUAACACUGGAGGUUUACAAGCAUUGUCUCGAGUACAGCCUCCUUUAACACCUUCUUUAACACCGUCGCUCGCUAAUCAUUAUCGGGAAGAUUUAACGCAGCAUGUGCGUGCCUUUCCCGCUGAUAUUCUCGAAAAACAGGCACAGAAACUUAGUGAAGAAGCACACACAAUGAGCAGUUUACAGUGUACGAGAGUGUCCGCAGAAUUGAAAACGGCACGAUCGAUAGUGAGGCUGACAGAAAUCCAGGCAACGUUGCAGGAACAAAGGAUAUUAUUCCUCCGUCAACAAAUUAAAACGCUGGAGGAGUUAAAAUCCCAAAAUUCCUUCAUGUCUGAUGAUUCUUAGUGUAAGAAAAACUUUAUAAAAUAAUUAUAAUUACAGUCUAUAAUUAAUUCAAGCAAAAAUAAAACAUGGUUAUUAAUAUUCUCAUUAAUAUUGAAUAAUUAAGAUUGUACCUAAAUUAUAAUAUCGUAAUAGAAGUGAGAGAGAGAUAUAAUAGCGAAAGAACAUGGGCUGCUCAGAGAGGAUCGGCUGUUGGAACUUGUCAGCCAAUGAAGUCUUAAGAAUUAAUUAAUUAAUUAAUUAGCGAAUACACACCUCUCUGAGAAGCACAGCAGGCCUAUCCAAGUCGCAGACACAACACUACAUGAAUAGAGAACGAAUCAAUUUUAUCAGUUCAAUGCAAACUACUGAAUUGUAUAUCUGAAUUGUCCACAUCGUCUUGUAUUACCUAUGUUAUACGUGUCAAUGUUUCAUAUCCCAAGAUUAAGCGGCAUUUUAACUAGUUGAAACAUUUUCGUUGUAAAUCUCGGAAUAAAAUUCGUGCCACAAGUUUUUAACACAGUUCUUUAUCGCCAUAGUCUCACUUACCUAAUCUCCCGAAUUUUCUCGUUGAACAUCGCUUUAGGAAACUUAUAUUGAAGGAAAUAUAUAUUGAACACGAGACGGGAAUAUGUAUGUUCUAUAUUCAGAUUUGUGUUUGAUCUCCAAUCAUUUUAUCACAGGGUUUCUCAACGUAGUAGAAUGUAUCAUUGUUGAGCAAGUAUCGAUAUAUUGUUAUACAUGCUCUCCUAUUUACAUCGCAUUAUAAUUAAAAAGCAUAGCAGUGACGAAACUUUUAGAUUAACUUAAAUGGCCAUCGUUUAAUUUAUAGUAUGUAAAUAGCAAAAUCAGAGUGAGAGGGAGGGAGAGAGAGGGAGAGAAAGAGAGAGAGAGAGAGAGAGAGAGAGAGAGUACUAUCAUUUACAAACGAAAAGCAACUUUUAUGCAUGGCGAGCUUUUUGAGUUAGUAAGAACACCUAUUGUAUCGAAAUUGUGGAUCUAAAAUAAAAAUAUGCAUUUUUUAUAUUAUACAUAAUUACAGAGAACUCAUAUUUUUUAUUUCAUUCAUAAUUCCCUAUACAACUGUGUCAAAUGAUGAAACAAGUACGUGUUUACGAGCUAUUCCGAUAUACCUAUAAGUCUAACAUAUCGAAUAAACGUAAUGUUGUAUAUAGAAUAAUCAAUAACAAUCGCAGGUCGUGUAAUAGUUAUUUAAGGAGUUAUAUAUAAGGAAUCCUUUAAUGAGGUAUUUCGAACAUUUCACUUUAACUUAUUUAUUUGAGUGAUAUUACUGCAAGAGAUGGAAGGAGCAUUAAAAUCAUUCGCACUCUACUGAAAAUACUCAAAGAGAAGUUGUUUUUUACGUAGCAUACCGUGGAAAAUCAACCUGAUCUUUCGAAAACGGAUCGUUGCAGUGUGGCUUGCAAAGCGAUUAUCUAUACAUGUAUAUGUAUAAUAUAUUGUAUACAAUUUAGGGUCUCGAAAACCACGAACGUCAUACAAUAAUUCACAGUAUAGAUUUCUUAUUUUGUAUAUUUCUUUGAGGAACUGUCAAGGAGCGAUCCUACUACUUACAGGAUUAAAAUAAAAAAUAAAGGAGAACAUAUUUAUAAAAUAUUACAUUUUGUCUGAACAUUAGGGACUGCGAUCGAAUUAUGUAUCCUAACUGUCUGUUUCUAGAUUACUUUUUGACCCAAAGGAUUUUAAUAUGGAUCUGCACAUUUCACUUCGUUUUUUGUUUCGCACGCACGCACGCACGCAUAUCAGAGUAGAACGAUUUUUUUUUUAUAACGCUGAUGUACAUAUAUAUGUGCACAUAAUAUAGCAAAAUUCUUCAGUUCAAACCGCCAUUCGCUAAAUGUCCUCCUACAGAGAAAAAAAAAA